AUGGAGAGUCCACAUGAGCACCAACAAGCCUUGCUGCUGUCUCGCAUCAUCAACAAUGUCGAGAAACUGAACGAGGCGAUUAUGGUCAUGAACAAGAGUCUGCAGGAGGUGAACAUCCAGAACAUGAAUGUCGAGCUUGUGGCACAAAUGUUCAAGAAUUACCAGUCAAACGUCCUUUUCCACUUGGAAGCUACGGAAAAUUUGAAGGAGCCGUCGUGA